AUGGAUGUGGAAAAAGGUGGUGUUAAGAUGGUGUUAAUUCAAGAUGGUCCACAACAAACUGCACAUGAAAAACCUUUAAGGAUAUCUGGUGAUCCUGCAAAAGUUGAGUUUGCUAAGCAAAUGGUAAUAGAUCUUCUAGCACAAAAAGAAAUGGAAAGAGGCUUUUCAAAUGGAGGUGGCCCACCAACGCAGGAUGAGAUCAUGGUGCCCAGGCAAGCUGUCGGGGUCGUCAUCGGAAAAGGGGGCGACAUGAUCAAGAGGAUACAGCAAGACUCUGGAGCCCGUGUACAGUUUGUUCAGGGGAAAGAAGACUUACCUGGAGAUAAACUUUGUCAGAUAACUGGAACAAUGGAACAAGUUCCAAAAGCAGCGUCUAUGAUUAGAGACCUAAUCCAAAGUGUUAUGAUGGGUGGCGGUGGUCCCGGAGGCGGCAUGCCAAUGGGCGGCGGAGGACGCGGUCGAGGCAGAGGACGAGGAGGCAUGGGUGGCCCAGGUGGCAUGCGCCCAGAUUUCGGGCCUGGUGGACCCAGGAUGGGACGUCCCGGUGGCGGAGAAGGGGGCCCCGAAAUCCAGUUCGCGGUCCCGGCCAACAAAUGCGGGCUGGUCAUCGGCAAAGGCGGCGAAACAGUCAGGAACAUCAACCAGCAAUCCGGUGCGCACGUCGAAAUAGCGAGAGGGGCUCCUCCGAAUCCACACGAAAAGAUCUUCAUCAUUCGGGGCAACCCCCAGCAGAUCGAGCAUGCGAAACAGCUCAUCAUGGAAAGAGUGGGUGGCAUGGCUCCUGGUCAAGGACCUCCUGGAGGACCCGGAGGCCCUAAUCAAGGUGGUCCUGGUCCACAAGGACAAUAUCCAGGUCCACAGUACCAACAACAAUAUCAGCAGCCUGGUCCUGGUCAGCCAUAUGCCGGCAUGCAGCCGUAUGGUGCAGGUUACCAGCCUUGGCCAAACCAGCCUCAGCCUUCUGGUGUUCCUGUACCUUCUAAUGAUCCAGCUAAAGCUGCUGCUGAUGCCAAUGCUGCUGCAUGGGCUGCUUAUUAUGCACAAUUUUAUAAUCAGCCGGGUCAAUCACAGCCUCAACCGGGCCAAAUGCCUCAAGCACAGCCUGCUGCACAGCCUCAGGCUCAACCACAAAAUAAUGUAGCAGUUAGUACAGGUCAAGCUGACUACAGUGCUGCAUGGGUAGAAUAUUAUCGUUCAUUAGGUAUGUUUAGAGAAGCAGAUAUAAUUGAACAACAAGCACGCGGUGGUCAAGCACCGGGAGGACAACCUACACCUCAGUCGGCGCAACCUGGUGCUCCCAUGUCUCAACCGGGCAUGGCACCUCAAGCGGCCUCUGGCGCCACACAACCCACCCCCACUGGGACGCCUGCAGCACAGCCGGCUUCUGCAAAUGUUGCAGCAUCGGGCUAUCCUGGAGCUUACCCAGCACCCGGUCAACAGCCCCAACCCGCGCAAGUUCCAUACGGUCAACCGGCUCCUUACCCCGGUUACAACUAUGCGGCUACUUACGGGACGCAGCAACCCUUUCCGGUUGCGGCACCUCAAUGAAAAAUAAAUCCUUGGUUUUAAAAGUAUUGCUUGCUGUCUCUCCUUUAAACUUCAUUUGCUGUUUAGUGAAGUUGUCCUGAGAAUUGCGAAAUGAAUCUUCCAAAACCGUUUUGGGUGGAACUCAGAAUUAUCACCUGAAGAUUCUGUGUACAAGGCGUACAAAUCAGAAGUGUAAUUUAAUUUGUGUAUAUCACAUUCUUCCCAUCUAGGAUCUUAAUUUUUCAUUAGUAUUUUUUAUAUUGACAUUUAUAAGUGCGAUAUUCUAAUUUAAAUUUGAACUAGAAAAUACGUUCUGUAAAGUCAUCUAGGAGAAAAAUCACAAGAAUUCUAGCUGAGAAUAUCAUCAAACUGGAAUUGGAUUUUAAAAUUAAUCUAUUAUUUCAUGAACUCAUUUGGAGUAGCUGAAACUUGUAAUAUUAAAUCUGAAGCUAUUCUUAGCUUGCUGUAAUAUACUUUUAUGGUGAUUUUUAGAAAAAUUACUAAUUCUCAUGAAUAAAAUUUCAUUUAAA